GAGGGCGGGGCGAGCUGAGAGGGGGAGGGCGGGGCUGAGAGGGCAAGGGCGGAGCCCGGCCUGGCUGAGCUCUGGUCGCAGUGGCACAGCUCCUGGGACCUGGUGGAGGUAGCAGCGGCAGCCGACAUGGCCUUUGCCUCUGAGGAUAAUGUAUACCACAGCUCCAAUGCCGUCUACAGUACCCGGAGCAAUCAUCACGAAGCUGACCAGGAAGCCCUGCUGGGGAAACUACUAGACUACCCAACCCCGGGCCUGCAGAGGCCAGAGGACCGCUUCAAUGGUGCCUACAUCAUCUUCUUCAGCCUGGGAAUCGGGGGCCUACUGCCCUGGAACUUUUUUGUCACCGCCAAAGAGUACUGGGCAUUUAAGCUCCGAAACUGUUCCAGUCCAGUGUCUGGGAAGGACCCUGAGGACGCAGACAUCCUGAACUACUUUGAGAGCUACCUGGCAGUUGCUUCCACUGUGCCUUCCCUGCUGUGCCUGGUGGCUAACUUCCUGCUUGUCAACAGGGUCCAGGUGCAUGUCCGUGUUCUGGCCUCACUGUCCAUCUCCCUGGUCAUCUUUGUGGUUAUGAUUGUGCUGGUGAAGGUGGAUACCUCCUCCUGGACCCGAGGCUUCUUCAGUGUCACCAUUGCGUGCAUGGCCAUCGUCAGCAGCUCCUCCACCAUCUUCAAUAGCAGCGUGUACGGCCUGACAGGCUCGUUCCCCAUGAGGAACGCCCAGGCACUGAUAUCAGGAGGAGCCAUGGGAGGGACAGUCAGCGCCGUGGCCUCGCUGGUGGACCUGGCAGCAUCCAAUGACGUGCGGGACAGCGCGCUAGCCUUCUUCCUCACCGCAGCGGUCUUCCUCGGGCUCUGUGUGGGGCUCUACCUACUGCUGCCCCAACUGGAGUAUGCCAGGUACUACAUGAGGCCAGUUGUCCCAGUCCAUGUGUUUUCUGAUGAAGACAACCCACCCCAGGAUGCUCCCAGCACCUCCUCCGUGGCCCCAGCAUCCACAGUGGUGCACACGCCGCCCCUGGGACCCAUCCUGAAGAAGACGGCUGGCCUCGGGUUCUGCACGGUUUCCCUCUACUUUGUCACAGCCCUCAUCUUCCCUGCCAUCUCCACCAACAUCCAGUCCAUGCAUAAGGGCACCGGCUCCUCAUGGACCUCCAAGUUUUUCGUGCCCCUCACCGUCUUCCUCCUCUUCAACUUUGCCGACCUCUGUGGCCGACAGGUCACAGCCUGGAUCCAGGUGCCAGGUCCUAGGAGCAAGCUGCUCCCGGGACUGGCGCUCUGUCGGUUCUGCCUCGUGCCUCUCUUCUUGCUCUGUAACUACCAGCCGCGCUCGCACCUGACCGUGGUGCUUUUCCAAUCUGACAUCUACCCAGUUCUCUUCACCUGCCUCCUGGGGCUCAGUAACGGCUACCUCAGCACCCUGGUGCUCAUCUAUGGGCCCAAGAUUGUGCCCCGGGAGCUGGCCGAGGCCACCAGUGUGGUGAUGUUGUUCUAUAUGUCUGUGGGCUUGAUGCUGGGCUCAGCCUGUGCAGCCCUGCUUGAACACUUUAUCUAGGAGUGGGGCGGCAAGGAUGCGGGUACCGUGUGAGUGUGCGAGGCUUGGGUCCUUGGGAGGUGGGCAGGGUGAGCCGAGGUCUGACGGUGUUAAGCAAGGGGUUGGCGUUUGGUUUGAUGCAGAGCAGAGCCCACUGGGACUGCCUUUCACUCAGACUGCUUGUGAGCCACAUCCUCGCACGUCUUGUGCAAGGAGACAUUCCAGACACAGCCCAGCACAGUGGCUCAUACCUGUAAUCCCAGCACUGGAGCGACUGGAGCUGCAGGACCGCUGUGAGUUCAAGGCCAGUCUGGUUACAUAGUGAAACCCUUUCUCAAAAAAAAAAAAAAAAAAAAAAAAAAUAAGCUAAAGACCAAAACCCCUGAGACAUUCCAAACACUUCGAGAGAACACUCCAGAGCUGACUGAAGGGCACGGUUGUAGCCAGGAUCUAGCCCGGUUGGUAGGAUGCUUCCUUAGCAUCUGUAAAGCCCCAGCUCCUAUCCCCAGCACGGCAUAAACUGGACAUGUUAGUGGAAGCCUGUCUGUCAUCCUAGCUCUUGAAAGGUGGAAGCAGGGACAUCAGAAGUCCAAGGUCAUCCUCAGCUACCUAGGAAGUUUGAGGCUAACCUGGGCUACAGGAGACACUGCCCCCCCCCAAGGCACAACUGUAAAGAGUGGGGUAUGUUACCUUCAUAGCUCAUAAGCAGCCUGUGUCUAACUUGUAUUGUCACAAGGCCAGAGCCAGCCUCACUCUUCCCAACUGACACUGAGGUGGGAGAGGAUCCUCAGGGCUCCCUGUUUGGAAAGAGGCUCCUGGAUUUGAGGUCCCCUCUGCAAUGGCCAGUCCUCAGACCUAGGGCCCAAGCACAUGCUGAUCCCUGGGCUCUGGGCCUGAGAGUAGGCUAUCCAGCUGGAACGAAAGCCUCACAAGGCAGGCCUCGUAAGCCGUCCUCCCAGAGGCCUGGCAGGCUUGGUCUCCAGAUGAGGACUGUAUGGCCCAGUGGUCUACCUACAGCCUAUUCAGGGCAGGGGGGAGUCUUUUUUUAACAGUCAUGUUUACAGGUUGUGGGGGCCCCUGGUUCAAGGGCAGAAUAAAUACUGGGAUUCUCAAUGUGA